AUGAUCAAACAUGGAUUGUUUGAUGGUCUUCUUGGUUUCUCACAGGGGGCGAUAUUAUCAGGUGCACUGCCGGGUCUUCAGGAGAAGGGUGUGGCACUAAGAAAAGUUCCGAAAGUGAAAUUUCUUAUAAUAAUAGGAGGGGCUAAGUUUUUGGAACCUUCAGUGGUAGAGAAAGCAUAUUCUUCAAAAAUUGGUUGUCCCUCUCUUCAUUUUAUAGUUGUCGUAUUUUGUUCAAUUCAUCGAGAAAUUGACCAGAACACGAAGAAAAUUAUUACAAAUUCUUUUGCGAUUCAUCAAAUGACAAAUGGAAAUAGAAAAAAGGCUACAUGGCUUCAUCCCAAUACAAGGCAACAACAUAACUCUAAUGAUUGUGGAUACUAUGUGAUGAAAAAUAUGUUGGAUAUUGUCUCUGACAAUAUAACCGAGAAUUGGAUGCAGGUAUUUGAUGACCCAACAGAAUUAACACAAGAUGAUUUGUAUGAUUUGCGACUCCGUUGGGAAAAAUGUUUCUUUGAGUUAUAUAAAAAUUAA